AUGAAAUGGAAACAUUUUCUUAAGGGAACAGUUGUUAGUGUGCUAUUCUUUCAUAGUACACAGGCAAGCUCUGAUAGCUCCAUCAGUUCAAACAGUGAUAUAGAUGUAAAUAGAGCAUCUAAGGUGACAUUCAAUACAAGAGACACACUACAUGUAUAUACUGCAUCUUCUAAAGAAGAUUUUGUUGAUGAUAUAGAUUCAUUAACCCUUAAUUAUAAAACUGACUCUCCUACACCUCAGUCAUCAGAGGAGUCAUUAUCAGAUACAGAAGACUUAAAUACAAGCCAGCAGGCUCUGCCUAAGCCCUCUAUACCUAUAGAAGAGAACCCUACAGAAAAGGCUAUAAGUGCGUUGGAUGCACUGAACAAUGAACUAGAAUCCAUUUUAAGCGACAUGCCGUCGCCUUCUGGCACAAAUGAUAUAAGACCGACCUCUCAUAACACUAUUGUUCUUGAUAGUCCCGAUGUUUCAGAUAACGACUGUGCUGAUGGGAAUAGAUGGUCAGAUCAGGAAGAUCCUGAUUUAUUAGCAAAUCCAUCCAAAGAAGAAACAGAAAAUCUAAUUAAAAGGAGACAGCUGUUGAAGCAGCAUGCACAUAUUCAAAUGUUUACAGACUUAAAUGAAUUUCCGUCGCUAGAGAUAAGAAAAACUGUGAAGGUUCUUGUUUUCUAUAACUGCAAAUUCACUGCUAUGCCCGAAACAAUAUAUGAGUAUACUGACCUUUGUUCGAUUACGCUAAAUAAUUGCUCAAUUGAAAAGUUACCAGAUAAUAUGUCCACUUUUAAGCAGUUAACAGCUUUGCACAUUAACAACUGCAAAAAUUUAGAAAGCCUUCCUCCUCUAUUAUUUGAGUGCCCGCUUCUAGAUGAUCUGUCAGUUAUAGCUUGCGGUUUAAAGACCCUUCCGGAUAAUAUUGGAAUGGCUACAUUGGUUGAUCUAAACUUAAAUGGAAACAAGCUGCGAAAACUUCCUGACACAAUCUCCAGUCUAUCAAAACUACAAAGUUUAAACCUGGCAAAUAACCAGAUUGAAGUCUUGCCUGAAAAUAUAUCAGAUUUACUAUCUUUAAAAAUACUGAAUCUCUCCCACAAUAGAAUUGUUUUUACUAAGAAAAAUAACAGAGUUUUUAGUGCUAUUCUUGAAAUAAUUCCCAAAGUGUACUAUACCCGCGGACCGGGCGUUGACAGAUCUAAAAAAGAGUAUAUGCCACUGCCUAAUUUAGAAACGGCAGAUCUCUCAUAUAAUAUGUUUGAGUAUAUUCCAAGUAUUUUCUUUGUGUCUGAUCAUGCUAAGAGCAUUGAUUUUUCAAAUAACCAAAUAAAAACCGUUGAUAGACUGGCAGACUAUUUGCUAAGAAGGCCAGAAUUCAGCCAUCUAAAUCUGCGAGGCAAUGAAGAUUUAUACGAGUAUGGAAACUUGCACGAUGAAUACGGAUUCAGAGAGAUGUUCUGGCUGUUUAAUAGAAAGGUCCUUCUGUCUGACAAUGUUCUAGACAAAUUGUCGCAGCCAAUUAGUAAAGCCACUGCAUACAACAUUCUUUCAAUAAGAACACUAGAAGAAAAUGUGUGGAAUUAUAAAAGUGUUAGAAGAAUAAGAAAGCAGUCUGAACCAAAAUUCGAUAAAAAUAUUGAUUGUAAUCAAUUCCAUGAAGUUGCACUCAGGUAUAAGAUAAAUGAAUACUUAAACACAAUUAAGCAAAAUGUUGUGCACUCUCUAUUUUCAUUUCCAGUAUACUCAAACACACCAAAUAUUGUUGGGCUAGGAGAAUAUUGGUCAUAUAUUAUGGAGGAUGAGGUUGGCCCAGGCAAUAGCAAAAUAUGGGCUUUCAUGGGGCCUCCAUACCCAUACAGCACAAGAGACCUAGAGGACCCCUUUUUUAAUUCUAUAGGAAACGCCAUAUUGGCUUUCUACACUAGAUUUACUGUUAAAGUGGCUGCUGAAUACAUCAGAAAUAAAAUUAACUCAGAUAAUACAUUUGUAAAAGCCGUGAUUCAAUAUGCCCAUCACAACUGCUCUGAGCACACAUACACACAUCUCUUCACGUACAACACAGAACCAAUGAAAUAUGCAGAGAUAAGCACAGAAUGUGCUGUCUUGCUUCUAAAACACUUCAAUUACAUUGAAUAAAU